AUGGUUUAUCGACUCCCACCUGAAGUUCUACAAAAAAUAUUUUGCAAUAUUAAUGAUUGCGAUCUAUAUCCAUGUGUGUUACUGGUAAAUCGUCAAUGGUGUGCUAAUGCGGUUUCUUUAAUUUGGAGAGAAACUCUCAAUAAACCUAUGGGAAUACCAUCAUAUUAUAAAUUAAUUCAGAUCUAUGUUGCAUGUAUGCCUGAUGGAUCAAAAACUUUACUUAAAAAUGCAGGAAUAGGACCAACUACUUCACUAUCAAAUACAGUUACUUUAUUUAAUUAUGCAUCUUUCUUAAGAAAAAUUGAAUUAACAUCUAUAUAUGAAGCGGCUACUCUUUGGGUAUCUGCUAAUUCUGAAAUUCAAAAAUAUGAACAAAUGCAAGAAUUAUUUUAUCGAGAAUUAUUGAAACUUUUUGUUUCUCUAUGUCCUAGUUUGAGAUAUAGUAUAAUAAUUCGAAACGUUAUUUGGAAAGGUGAACUUCAAUAUCUACGUAAUAUUUCGGAUAUAAUUCCAACAUCUUCACAUCUCGAUAAAUUAGGUUGUUAUACAUCUUGUCCAUCAGAUAUUUUCGAAUAUCUCGGUUCAACAUUUUCCUCACUUGAUCAAUUAGAUAUAGAUUGCCGAUAUGAUGAUAAUGAUGGAUUGGCAUCUUUUAUUGAUAAAGUUGAUUCUUUACAAUCAUUAACAAUAAAGAGAACAGAUAAUUGUAUUCCGAAAGUUAUAAAAGCACUUCGAGAUAAAGUUAAAUCACUUUCUUGUUUGCACAUAAUGAAUGGAGGUUUAUUUCCAUUAGAUAUGUUUUCACAUUGUCAAAAUUUGAAAUCAUUAAAAAUAACGGAAGAACCUGAUAGAAUUUGGAGAGAUUUACGUAGAGAAUUUGAGGAAUUUGAAGAAAAUUUUUUAGAACCAUUUAUAAAAUCUUCAGCAUUUAAACAACUUACCUUUAUUCAAAUUGAAAUUGACGAUACUAUUAAUAUUUUUCAACUUGCUACUAUUAUUCGUAAUACUAAUGGACGACUUUUAGAAUUAUUAUUGAAAUGGGUUUAUGAGGAUGACAUAGAUAAUGAAAAUUUAUUAUAUUUAGCAAUAAUAGAAAAUUGUCCGCGUUUAGUAAAGCUUAAAAUUCCAACAACAAGUGAAACAAUUAGACAUUUACCUUCAAUUUUUCGAUCAUGUACACAGUUAGAAAAAGUGGAUGUGUUAGGUUUAGAGUUCAAAAUAGAAAUUAGCGAGUUAAUGGCAUUAUUCGGUCAAACAAUUUCUUCAAAAUUGAAUUCACUUCAUUUUGAUUCUUGUUUUAGAGUGUCAACAGAUUCAUUAAAUGUUUUUCUUGAAUUUUGUUGUCAAAGAUCAAUUUCAUGUUUGGAUCUGGUUUUUCAAAAAGCAGAAGACUGGUUCUCCUGUGAGCAAACAAAUUUAAUUCAUCAUCACAUGAAAUUAGGAACUUUGAACGUAACUUCAAAUAUGUGUUGGCUUAAUGAAAUAGAAUUUCAUGAUAUUUUUGGUGUAUGGCCCUAUUGA